GAUACAUUUUAAAAAGCGGAAGGUUUAAUUUAAAAAUUUAUUUUUCAAGAAUAAAAGUUGAAAAAAGUAAAACAAUUAUUUAAAGUUUAAGAAGGAUUGAAAAAAUUUGCUAUAAAAUAAGAAAAUUUUCAGUAUCGGAUUAUACAGUCACAUUGAGUUUAAAAAAAAUUGUUGAUGAAUUGUCUAGAAAAACGAAAACUAAUAAAAACAAUUUGUAUUUUCACAAAACAAUUUCUGCAAUAUUAACCAAAGUAUUUUAAUAAUUUAUACUCUUCUUACUUUAAAUUUAACCUUGAAAAUUUUGAACAACGUCAAAAGAUUGAGAAAAGUGAGAAAAAAAUCACAAUGAAAUUUAUUGCAACACUUCCUAAAGCCUUCAUCAUCAACACCAUCAUCUUCUUCUUCUUCGCAUCAUGGACCAGCACUGUGUCAGCACGGCGGUUUAAACGUCAAAAUAUUGACGUGACAACUUCAGUCGAUACCCCCGAUUCAUCUGAAACGUCGACACUACCAACGACAACCACAACUACCAUAACCACUUCUACCACAACUACGCCUACCACAACUACUUCUACUACAACCACAACUACGACUAGAUCUUCAUCUACAAAUUCUUCGAUUAAUUCAAUCAUUGGUGAUCUCGGACCUCUCAAAGAAGUUGAUGUCGUUCUCGUUAUGUCGAGAGCUAGGUCUAUCGGAAAGAGAGUUUUCUAUGAGCAUGGUCGCCCGGUAGCCUUCAGACUAUUGAGGCAGUACGCAACGGUGCAUCCAAGUUUCACCAGAGUGGCCUUCAUAACGUACGCCUUCAAUUCAACUGUUGUUUAUAACGGCAUAACUGACCGCAGCAAAGCGAUGGACAAAUGCGCCAUGUUCCCACCUGUUCCUGAUAGCAAUGGGUGA